AUGCUCUUCAACCGAGCACUGCCCCGAUUCGCGGGGCUCCGCACCCUCCGCAACCCACGCAAUGUGCCCCGACGAAACCUCAUGCCCGCGCCCGGCCCCAACACCGGCCCGAUCAUGGAACGCCGUGCAGACCGCGCCCUCCCCGAGCUGAACACCAACCGCCGCUGGCUCUACACGCUCCCCAUCUUCGCUGUGUGCGUCGGCGCUGGAAUGUUCGGUAUCUUCAACUACCAGAAGUCGUCCAGCAGUGUUGUGAACAGCACCCUGUAUGCGCUGCGGACGUCGCCUGCCGCGCGCGAGAUCCUCGGUGACGAGAUCUACUUUGCGCAGCAGAUUCCGUGGAUCAGUGGGGAGAUGAACCAGCUGCAUGGACGGAUUGAUAUUUCGUUUUGGGUGAAGGGGACCAAGACCCAGGGAAAGAUGCGGUUCCGCAGCAUUCGGCCUGAUCGGAUGAGCUUCUUCCGAACUGAGGAGUGGAGCUUGGAGACCGAGGAUGGAACAGUUGUGCAGUUAUUGGAUAAGGAUACCGAUCCUUUCCGACAGGAUUAG